AUGUCUCUCAUACCGUACACAUCUGAUUCUCAGGAAAUUGUCUUACGUCGCGGUAAUGCUAUUGUCGUCUUCGACCCAGAGUCGCGACAACUGUCGCUGCAUGGAAACCCACAGACCGCCAUUGGAGGCCUUGACCACCUUGACCUGCAACAAUGUCCGUAUUGCCAUCGACCCAUGCAAGACGAUACGAAUUCACGACAGUAUGAUUCCGAAGACGAGGAUGCUUCUUCGCAUGAUCAAAGCACCUUUGUGAACCCGGAGUACUUCCGCAUGCUAGCUCAUAGCAUACCAAAUUCCGCAGCAACCUCAAGACCAGCUUCACCAUUGAAGCGACUACCAGGGCUGAAAUCAGCAGGCUCUAGAAACAUCAGUACCUCUGGACCUCCGACUGGAGCUGAAUUUGUUGGUAGUGCUCCCUCUCCUGGCACAUCAAAUCAAGGUAUCAAAGACGACAGCUUCUUGCCAAACUAUUUCAAGCACUUCUUCGUUGAGAAAAGCGAAUUGGGCCGUGGUGGCCGUGGAGUCGUCCUUCUCGUUGAGCACUACCUGGACAAGGUGUUCCUCGGAGAGUUUGCCUGCAAGCGUAUUCCAGUUGGCAAUGACCACGGUUGGCUCGAAAAAGUCUUGAUCGAAGUACAGCUACUUCAAAGACUCACGCAUCCGAAUCUGGUCUCUUACCAUCACGUCUGGCUAGAGGAUGCACAAAUCACCAACUUCGGACCAAGUGUGCCUUGCAUCUUUAUCCUGCAGCAAUAUUGCAACUCAGGAGACCUACACAAUUAUGUCCUUGGUUCAGCCAAGGCUCAAAGCACCACUGAAGUGUUGAAGGAAAGAAUGAGAAGAAGAUCGAAAGGAUAUGCGGAGCGUCCUACAAAUCUCAGCACUCGCACGAUGAACUUUGAUGAGAUCUUCUCCUUCUUCCGCGACAUCACAUCUGGCCUACAUCACCUGCACACCAACGGUUACAUCCAUCGAGAUCUCAAGCCGUCAAAUUGCCUCUUGCAUAACGAUGGACAGAAGAUGACAGUCCAUGUUUCUGAUUUUGGUGAAGUUCAAGCGGCAAACGAGCAACGCAACUCUACAGGAGCGACUGGCACAAUAUCGUAUUGUGCUCCAGAAGUGCUGCAGAGACAAGGCGCAAAUGGCGAGUUUGGCGAAUUCACCACCAAGUCAGACAUCUUCUCCUUAGGCAUGAUCGUCUACUUCAUGUGCUUCGGUCGCUUGCCUUAUCAGAAUGCCGAUGCUGAAAAUGACGAGAACGAAGAUCUUGACAAGCUUCGUGCAGAAGUAUCAGCCUGGCACGGCUUCGACGAUGUGACAAGAGCACGAACAGAUCUCCCGGAAAAGCUCUACAAAUUCUUGAAGAGAUUAUUGAGCCCUGAUCCAUCCGAGAGACCAAGCACGGAACAAAUUCUACAAGCCAUCAAGGCCGGAGGAGAGAUCGAUGACAUUCCUAUGAAUGUGACCAGAGCAGGAGGAGACAAAUCACCAGAUCUCGGAAGUAUGGGUUCUCGCAUCUCCUCUGUGGACUCACCUGCUCCGAAGAAGACUUUACGAACAAAUUCCACCCACCAAAGACCAGGAGUGUCGCAAUUAGCCAGACAUCAUUCCGGCGAACUGGUGCACUCAAAAAGUCCUCCCCUGCAACCUCGCCGCUUCAGUAGAGAUAAAAGCGUGAGCGUCAGCACGACCACAAGCACUCCUUCACCCCCAGAUACCUCGACCCUUACUUUUCGUGGUCGAGAUAUCGGCACACCUCCCAUUGCCAAACAGCCUACACGCCUUAUGCUCCCACCGCCGCCUCCACCCAAGCUUGACCUCAUACAUACCCAUCCUUCUCUCCUUCUAACUUUCAAGAUCAUGCUCUUCAGCUUGAAAUUCUUUCUGCUUAGUUAUCCAUGCGCGCCCUUUGCAGGAAAAGCCUGGCUCACGUAUCCGCUGAUGGGUCUCGCAUUGGUGGACUUUACAGUGUGGAAAGCAAAUUUGAAGGGAACCUUCGCGUUGAUGGUGGUGCAUGGGCUUAUCAUUCUGGUAGCGAUGAGAUGGGGUGUGUUGUGUAAUGGUGGGUCGGGUAGUUGGAAACCAGGAGGACUUUAUGAUGGUCUUUGA